GCCGGAGAAGGCCCAACCGAACAAGGACGCCAAGCGAAGCGAAGCGAAGCGCUAGGCCGCCGGGAAACCAUCUCAACAAAUAGCCCUGCCGCACGAGGUGCACGUCGUGGACCCCGCACGUCGGUGCGGCCGAUUCCACCGACUGCCCCGCACCCCACCAUUUCCCCGCCGACCGGCAACCGCCCGCGCAGCCGCCUUCGAAACGACGAAGCCAUGGGAGCCAAAUCCCGUCACGGCAGGACCCCUCCACCUUUCCCCACCGAACAGUAGCCACAAGCACCCCGAAUCCGGUGGGCGAAUCGGCGGGGGAAUCCUCUCAGAUUCGCCGGGAGAUCGUUAUGCGGUGAUGGCGCCCUGCCCUGGCGGUGCGGGCGUGCACGCGCGCUGGACGGCGCGGGCGCUGGCCGGCGCCUUCCUCGACCUCGCCAUCGUCUACGCCUUCCUCUGCGCCGCGGCCGCCGCGUCCGCGGCCUCCGCCCUCCUCGCGCUCCUCCGCCUCCGCCUCCCCUGCACCUGCUCCCGCCCCCACCUCCCCUGCCUCUUCGCCUUCCUCUUCCGCUACCCCUCCCGCGUCCUCGAGUCCCUCCUCCUCUCCCUCCGCUCCCGCUUCCCCUUCGUCGUCAACCACGACGACGACAGCCGGGACGAGGAGGAAUCCGUCGACGAGGAAGAGGAAGAGGAAGAGGUGAAUCUGAAGCGGGAGGCGGACGAGGGCAAUGACGUGCUCUCCGCGCUGCACCAGGAGCUGGACAAGGAACGCAGCGCCGCAGCAUCCGCGGCCGAGGAGGCCAUGGCCAUGAUCCUGCGUCUGCAGAAGGAGAAAUCGUCCGUGGAGAUGGAGGUGCGGCAGCAGCGCCGCACCUCUGAUGAGCGGUGUGCCUUCUACGAGAACGAGGUGGAGGAGCUCAAGGACAUCUUGCUCAUGAGGGAGCGCGAGAACAGGUCUUUGCAGAAGGAGGUGGAGUCCUACCGGCGGCUGCUUGGUAUCGCCGGGGACGAUGAGGAGGAGGAGAUGAUGACGCCGCGCAAUUACUUAGAGAGCGAUCCUAGCUCUUCCCGUUCGGUUGAUAAUAAUAAUUCUGUCUUCAGCUUCAAGAAGCAGUUCGUGCGCCAACAAGUGUCGCCCAUUCGUGUGGGCCAUGUUAAGGACAGGAAUGAAAACAGUCCGGCUUUUCAGCCACUUGGACAAGUUCCUGUGGCUGGAUCGAAAUUGGGGGCAGAUAGCUGCCAAGAUGAUGGCACUGAGACGGUGGUAAUUCUCCCACUAUCUGCCCGGAGUUUGGAUUUCCCCCAAUCUGCGCGACGUUUGGAUUUGCCCCAAUCUGCACGAUGUCUGGACUUUCCCCAAUCUGCACGAUGUUUGGAUUUGCCCCAGUCUGCACGAUGUUUGGAUCAAGGUGGUGGUGUUGAAGUUAAUGCUGCGGCUGAUAUGAAAGCUAUGGAAGAGCUGACUGCUGAUGAAUUUCAGGAGGUGGACAGUGGGCGUCUAGACAAGGCUUGCCAUGAUUUUAUGGCAAGUGACAAUGAUGCAAAUAUCUUUGAUGUGCAUGUUGUUGAUGAUAUUUGCUUCUCUACUGAAGUUAAAGGCCUGAUCGGUCGAAGCUUCUCUGAUGCAACAAUGCAAGCAGACAAGUUACAGAAUCGAGCUGCCGCAGAUGAUCUACUGGGGAAAAGUCUGAAUGCAAUCAAAGGUGCACAAAACAAGAUAAGGCUUGCAGCAAGUGAAAGGAGGCAAUCAUUACAGUUGCAACUCUUAGAGGACAUAGCUGACCAACUUCAAGAAAUCAAAGAUGUUGCAGAUGCAGGGCGACACUUACACUGUAUUUCUCCUAAAAUUUCAAAGAAAAGCUAGGCUCCUGGCGUUCUUCUGGAUGGCGGCGUUGACUACGGCAGAAGGAUUUGGUGUCUUGAAGUGGGCAUCGUGGUUGAAGGCUUGCGGCGGCGCUCUUCUUCCUCGACCACAUCGAGUGAAGACAGCGAUGCCGGGGAACUGGCGGACACGGGGACGAUCCCUGGCCGACGCGCCACGGAGAUUCCGACAGAUUGUUUUAUCAGCUCGAAAAGCAAGAGUCUGCGAUGGUUCCUCCAGUUCAGCGUUUGGUGGUUGGUCCCCUCUAUCUUCGCUGGGGCUAAUGCGGCAGCGGAGUCCGGUAGGGAACAAUAUUAUUGCGAGGCGCAAUGGGAUCUAGGGAUCAAAUUGUAUUUUGUCCCUUUUCAGGGUCCUUUGUGCAAAGCUUCCUGUCAUCUUUUUUCUCGAUGUCUCACGUGAUUUCCACAUGUUUGUCUGAUGUAAUCUCUAUGGUUAAUGGAAUGUGUGGUUACUGUUAAAAUAAAAAACUGAUGCUUGCCAUUAUUAGAUGCAAA